UCCUCCUCUUCCUCCAGUUAGGGGACUAGCCAUGCUGCACUGGGGAUACGAGGAGGACAACGGGCCUUCUCAUUGGAAGGAAGUUUUCCCCAUUGCUAAUGGAGACCGUCAAUCUCCCAUCGAUAUCCGAACUCAGGACACCAAAUAUGACCCCACUCUGCGUCCUCUCAGUCCUAACUAUGAUCCCACUUCUGCUAAAGUCAUUCUUAACAACGGACACUCCACUAGUGUGGAAUUUGAUGACACUGAAAACAAAUCAGUGCUGAGUGGGGGUCCACUCAUUGGAAACUAUAGGCUGCGGCAAAUUCAUUUCCAUUGGGGGCCCAGUGAUGAGACUGGCUCUGAGCAUGCAGUGGAUGGAACAAAAUUCGCAGCAGAGCUUCAUGUGGUCCAUUGGAAUGCAGAAAAGUACCCCACUUUUGUUGAGGCUGCUCGCCAGCCAGAUGGAUUAGCAGUCAUGGCUGUUUUCUUAAAGGUGGGUGAGUGUAACUCACAGCUGAAGAAAAUCACAGACCUUUUGGAUGCGAUUAAAGUAAAGGGUAAGCAGCGCACAUUUACCAACUUCGACCCCUCCUGUUUGCUCCCUCACUCUCUGGACUACUGGACUUACCUUGGCUCUCUCACUGUUCCUCCUCUUCUCGAAAGUGUCAUCUGGAUCAUUCUCAGAGAACCUAUAAACGUGUGCUCUGAACAGCUGGCUAAAUUCCGCAGCAUCCUCUGUACCGGUGACGGAGAGGCCGCCUGCCGCAUGUUGAAAAAUUUCAGACCCCCACAGCCUUUAAGGGGCCGGGAAGUGAGAAGAAACUAAAGGAGAAGCAGAGGCAAAGAUGAUCCAUAGCAACUGAGGCAUCCUUUAGGAAGAACUUAUGUUCA